AUGGGUAUACGAUCUCUUGUCAGCGUGGGCUUUUUGGUCCUUCCCAUCGCCGUCACGCUUGGUGUACUGCUUGGACUGCAGGCAAUUAGGCAUUCCCAAGGCAUGCCACCGCCAUUUGUUAGCAACAAGGUCGAAACGACAACCUACUGUCAAAGGGCCUUUGGUAUCUCACCAGCUACACAUGGACUCCAGUACACCUUAAAUCCCAAUCAAUGGGGUAUCGAAGAAGAUUAUACUGGCCCAGGAGGCCUGUGUAUGAAUGUCACAGCGAAUGAGAAUGCGACCUACCCAACCAACACCACCGCACCACAAUGGUCCAUCACGUGGCAAUUCCCUCCUGGUCCUGCCACUCAACCAGUCCAUGCUUUCCCCAAUAUCAAACUCGAUCCUGACGAUGUCUUUCCCAUUGAGAUAGCCAAGGUCGCUGCCAUUGACUUUGCCGCCGACUGGGCCUACGGAGUAGGUGAUGUUAAACCCAAUACCACCAAUGUGAACGACCUGUUAGCCGCCGAUGUCAAUUCCAACGUUGCCAUUGAUAUGUUUUUGGAUUCCGACCCGACAAAAGCCACCAGUUCCGUUGAUGCCAAGUACGAAGUCAUGGUUUGGCUAGGUGUGUUUGGUGUGGCAACGGAGCCCAUUGGUUUGAAACAAGGUGCUCUCAAAACUCAGGCCAUCAACGGUACCACAUUCAAUCUUUAUUUCGGUGAAAAUGGUAUAGGUCAAAGUGUUCUGACCUGGGUGGCGCAGGGAACCGUUCAAAGCUUCCACGCUGACAUCGGCCCUCUGUUGCAAGGCUUGACGGGACUGGGAGGUCCCACUGUCAAUGAUCACUUGGGCUAUCUCGCAUUCGGUUCAGAAGCACUCAGUGCGUCCACCAACAUUACCUUCUACAACCCCAGCCUGAGCAUGGAAGUCAUUUCCCUAUAA